AUGUACAGUGUCGCAGCCUACAUUCAUGCAAUCUUGUUGUUUUGCGUGUCAUCCGUGGGGAUGAUGCUGAGCAAUAAGCUCGCCGUGACGGCGCUCCCGCUGCCGUGUACGCUGGUAUUGUUGCAGAUGUUCGCCACACUUGCGUUGCUGCUUCCAUUCCGGUCAAAUGUGGAGGCAAUGACGCUUAAAAAUGCACGCGCGUGGAUUCCAGUGGCGUCCCUGUUUGCCUUUAUGCUGUAUACUAGUAUGAAGAGCUUUGUUUAUGCGAACGUUCCUACGCUCAUUAUCAUACGCAACCUUGGCUCCAUCGUCACGACGGUCGCGGAGUACUAUGUGCUUUGCGAAGGCGUGAAUGCUGAGAUUAUUUUGGCACAAGUCGCCAUUUUUUGCGGAGCCGUGGUGUAUGGCUGGACGAACUCCACCUUUUCUGUGAUUGGACUGGUGUGGAUGCUCGCAAACGUUGUCGGACAAGGCUGCUAUGGAAUUCUUGUGAAGCACAUGACGAGCAGUGUGCCGGGGUUUGUGUUCGCCACAAAGUACACUCUGGCAUUGUACAAUAACGUUAUCGCCAUUCCGGCGAUUUUCCUCCUCUUCGUCGUUGAGGAACAGCAACGCGUGGGUGUGCUCCUGCCCACCGUUGUGGGUGUUGGUUGGUUCUGGAUCGGAGUUACGUGUGUUCUCGGCUUCAUGAUUUCAACUUCAGGGUUCGCCCUCCAAAAGCUUGUAUCGGCCGCCACAUUCAUAGUAAUUAACAACCUGACAAAAUUUUUAAAUAUUCUUAUCGGACUUUUCAUCUUGCAUGAUCGCAUGGGGCUUGCCGACGGCGCUGGCUGCGUCAUUGCUCUCGUUGCAGGCGCCUGGUACUCCGCCGCGCGCUACCGCUUCAAAACGCCGGAUGCAGAGGAGGAGAAAAAGGUGGAGCUCCCGAAGGAGGAAUCCGUAUAG